GAAAAAACGGGAAAACCAUGGUAUUUCCGUUUUUUCGUUUUUGGUUCAAAACGAAAAAACGAACUGCCUGAAGGUACCCUGACCUUACACGACAGAAUUUAAUCUCUGAUCCACACUCCGGAGCAGAAGGUGGCGGUAAUGCACCUAAUACGAUGGUUGCCAACCGCCGUUAAAGGACAAUAAGAGGAAGAAGAAGAAGAAGAAGAAGAAGAAGAAGAAGAAGGCGUCACGAUUAAGAUGGCAUGGAGCUGAGAGAAAUAAUUAAAGAGGGCUUAAUGAAGGAAUGGCAGAGAGGGUGGGAAAAGGAAAGCAGGGGUAGACACUAUUUCUCUUUACAGUCUCAAGUUAAAAAAAAAGAUGUACCUGCACUUUUCAGUCUCGUAGGGAUUCAGUUAAACUGUGUAGAUUAAGACUGGGUCACUGUGGGCUAAAUCACUUUUUGUUUAUUGUAGGAAAACGUGUCUGGUUUAUGUGAGUGUGGGAGCCCUGAGACAGUAAAACAUGUUUUUCUGGAGUGUAGAAAGUAUAGGACAGAAAGACAAACAUUGUUUGAUAGACUGUUAGGACUUGGAGUUCAGGCUUCUUCUGUUUUUUCUUUGUUUGGACACUGUGAGAACCAUAAACUGAUGUCCAAGGCAAUUUUGCAAUUCAUGCGCAACACAGGACUAUAUGUAAAAAUCUAGUUCAUCAUCGGACCUGUGGAGGGCAGUAAUACGCUAAACAGUGUCAAAACUGCCAAAAUCUUACAAGAAGAAGAAGAAGAUUAAGAUGGCCGUGCCUAUAAUGGAGAGUGGAGAAGAUGCAUUUAGAAAAAUCUUCAAGUUCUACAAGAGGAGAAACCCUCCGCCAGAUUUCAGCCAUGUCGUCGACUUCUCCAAAGGUGUACCGAGUGACAAGAUAGUUCCACAUACACUGGACCCAGCUGCAGUGAGUGAUGUGGAGGCUGCCAGGGUUGGAUUACAGCCUGUCAGAGACUGGAGAGCCUUUGGUCUCCAGGGCUACCCAGGGUUCAUCUUGAUCUCCAAUCCAUUCCUGCUGGGUUCCCAACCAUUCUGGGUCAGACAAUGUCUAAAAUCCUACCCUCAGAAGCCCAAUGUCUGCAACCUGGACAUGCACAUGUCUCCCUCUGAAACCCAGGACAUCUGGGGCAAGAGUGUUCGUAGCCUCAGUUAUGCUUCCUCUGGAAAGAGAGAACCUAAGACUCCACUUGACAGGCUGCGCUGGGUCACUCUGGGAUAUCAUUACAACUGGGAUACCAAGACUUACUCUGCCAACAAUCACAGUCCUUUCCCAUCUGAUCUCCACUCGCUGUCCUGCCAAAUAACAGCUGCCUGUGGGUUCCUGGGAUUCAACGCAGAAGCUGGAAUCCUUAACUACUACCGAUCUGAUUCAUCUCUGGGAAUCCACGUGGAUGAAUCAGAAUUAGAUCACAGCCGACCACUGCUGUCAUUCAGUUUUGGACAGUCAGCCAUCUUCCUCCUGGGAGGCACCCGCAGAAAGGACCCCGUCACUGCUAUGUACAUGCACAGUGGGGAUGUGAUGGUGAUGUCAGGACAGAGCCGUCUCCUUUACCAUGCUGUCCCACGCAUUGUUCCUGCACCCAAGGGACAUAGAGCUUUAGAGACAGAAGGCUGCAGCCUGGCUUCAUCCCUACAGGACAGCACUGUGGUGGAGCCUGUGUCUGUGGAGGACUGGGCGGUGUGCUCCAGGUACAUCCAGAGCUGCAGAGUGAAUGUGACUGUCAGACAGGUGCUUGGGCCUGGACAGAGCUUCCCAGGAACAUCCUCUUCUCACUCAAGAACUGAUGCAGUCCACACAGUGGGGUACCACGACAGAGCAGCAGAUGGAGAGAGCAGGAAGAGAAAGAGUAGUAGCAGCUGUGACUCUGUUGAUACUACAGAGACAUGACAGACCUCCUGCUGUUACACUUUCCUUGAGUCAUUUGCAUCUGAUCCCAGAGUCUUCCUAUGCAGAGAUAUUGUAUAAAUUGUUUUGCUAAAAAGCAGAAGCCACUUCACAUGUGCUGUUAAUAUUUUGGCUGGAAUUGGAGUUACCAUUUGUCCAUACGAACUGUUUAAUUGGAACAGGAAGGUCAAUGCACCCUCUAUGGGACUUUAUACAUUGUCCUCCAACUUUUGGACAAUGGUACUGAAAAUAGUCAGUCAAAUGUAGAGCGAUGACUCAGUCAAUCUAGGGAUGCACCGAUUUUGAAAUUCUGGGCCAAUACUGAUGUUUAGAUUAAGAAUUUGGCUGAUACUGAUGCUGAUGUUUUUAUAUUGUUGUUUAUUUUGUUUUUGUUGUUAUUUAUCCCCCCUUGUAUGCCAGGGAAACAAAGGAAUCUAAAAUUAAAAAAAAUAACUGAA